UCCGGGAGUGGGAUUUUUACGACACUGCCGCCAGGCACGGAAGCCGGGCGAGGCGGACCGGACCCCCCAACAAAACAUGUUCGGGGGCGCCGAGGAGGAGGAUGCCGACUUCGUGUCUCCGACGGGGGGGGCCAGGCUGGCCUCUCUCUUCGGCAUGGACCAGACAGCCUCUGGUACUGGGAAUGAAUUUUUCCAGUACACAGCACCCAAACAGCCUAAGAAAAAUCUACCGGCCGCAGCUUCAGGUGUGGGGCCCCCAACGCAGAAGCCUCCUCCACCUGCGGGAGCACCCUCCGUCUUCGUAGCCACGGCCGUUCACGCCUAUCGGUUCACAAACGGGACCUACGUGAAACAAGGCAAAUACGGAGCAGCUGUGGUGGGUAGCCACGCCACCCAGGAGUAUAGGAUCCUGCUUUAUAUUAAUCAGCAACAACAGAUCACCAGUGCAAGAAUCCACCCAGGCUUUGUAUUCACGAUCCAACCCAACAACUAUGGGACGUUUUAUGAUGAUCAGAGGCAAAACUGGUCCCUCAUGUUUGAAUCGGAGAAAGCAGCGGUGGAGUUCGGCAAGCAGCUCUGCCUCGCCAAGUACAACAGCAGCCCUUCCCCCGAUUCGGUGACAUGCCAGGACCUCAUCCUCGGAGACGGCCCAGCGGUGGAAAUGGGCGACGCGCUCGAAGUGGCCUUCACCGGCUGGCUCUUCCAGAACUCUGCUCUGGGGCAGGUGUUCGACUCCAAUGUGAACAAGGAGAAACUCCUCCGUCUGAAACUGGGCUCUGCCAAAGUCAUCAAGGGCUGGGAGGACGGGAUGCUUGGUCUGAAGAAAGGAAGCAAGCGUUUCCUAGUUGUCCCUCCGGCGCUGGCUUAUGGGUCUCAGGGAGUGGCGAAUCGUGUUCCUCCGGACUCCACGCUGGCCUUUGAGGUGGAGGUCAAGAGAGUGAGAUUGGCCAAGGAGGCUGCUUCAAAUGGGCAGAACGCGGCCCCCAGGGACUCCCUGGUGCCCUCUCCAGGACCAAGCACUGAACCUCUCGGCCCCGACCCUGCAGGGUUGCCUCCUCCCGGCACGCUACCACCGAAGCCCGGGGAGCCAGCUUUGCGGGCCAAAUCCAACUCUCUCAGUGAACAACUAGCGAACCCCGACGUGGCGAAAGCAAAGCUGAUUUCACGCAUGGCGAAGAUGGGACAACCAAUGCUGCCUUUCCUUCCCGGUUCGGCUCCUGCUCAGCUGGACUCAAGUGAUUCGGAGAUCGAGGAUCCCAACACCUUGAGACAAGCUACUCAUCCCGCCACAUCGUCUCCGCUGAAACCUUCCUCCCCAGCUGCUCUUCCUCAGAUAACAGCCCAAGGGCCCCAGGUACCUGCUCCUGGACUCCACGCGUCCUCGGCUGCUGUGAUACCUACGGCCUUGCAUCCACACCCAGCUCUUCCUGGGUCCUCUCAGAGUCUUCAGGCCUACACAGGGAUGAGCUACGCCUACCCACAAGGCCCUGCGGCAGCUUCCCAGCUCCAGCCUAUUGGGGCCAUCUUUCCCGCUCCUUUCCAAGCAGCUGGCGAUAUUGGUUCUUUCUUAAUGACGGAAGCGCGGCAGCAGAACACCGAAAUCCGCCUGUCGGUGGGCAAAGUGGCUGACAAAAUAGACCAGCUAACCGCUAAGGUGGAGGAGUUGCAGAAACAGAAUUCUACCCAAAGCUUGUUACCAGGUAUCUCCUCCGUUACAAUGGAGACAACCAUGAUUAUGACCAACAUCCAGCGCAUCGUUCAGGAAAACGAGAGGCUGAAGCAAGAGGUUUUCGAGAAGAGCGGCCGCAUCGAGGAACAGAACGAGAAGAUCAGUGAAUUGAUUCAGCGAAAUCAGAGGUAUGUGGAGCAAAGCAACCUGUUUAUGGAGCAAAGGAACAAUUCUCUGCAAAUGAACACCGAACAUUCUCAAGCCAGAGUCUUACACGCCGAGCAAGAAAAGGUUAAGGUUGCUGAGGAACUGGCAGCGGCUACGGCCCAGAUCUCCCGGCUUCAGCUGGAGCUGACCAGCCACCAGAAGGAGGAGAUGGACCUUCGCUCCCAACUAAACGCUGCCCUGAAGGAAGCCGAGAGCCAUGCUGCCCAGCUUAACCAGUUGCAGGCCCAGCAGGCAGAACUUCAGGAGUCAUUUCAAGAGGCCAAGAAUAAAUUCCAGGUGGAGAAGCAGAGCCGUAAGCAGCUGGAUGGGAAGCUGGCUGCUUUGGAGGAAGAAUUGGCUGACCUCUUGGUGGCGAAAGAGAACUUGGAGAAAAAUCUUUCCGAAAGAAAAAAGAAAUCCCUCCUCGAGAGAAAACAGGCCGAAGAAGAGGCAGAUGAGAUUCGCAAGUCUUACCAGGAAGAGAUGGACCAACUCCGGCAGCUUCUGAAAAAGUCACGGGCAUCAUCCAACAGCGUUGCUUCGGAGCAGUUUUCCCUUCUGCAGACCGAGCUGGAGUCCCAGUGGGAAGCCAAAUGCCAGCGUCUGCUGGCCUCUGCCAAGGAGCAACACGCCCGCCAGUUCCAGGAAGUGUGUGAGCAACGGGAUGCCCAGCGGCAGAUGAUUUCCCAACUGGAAGAGAAGGUUUCUCUGCUCAAGGCCAGCAGACGCUCCGAGGACCAAAAAUCCACCGAGCUGCAGGAUCGAGUGGAAGAACUCGAGUCAGUUAAAGGCAAGUGUGCAGCCUUGCAGUCCCAGAUGGCAGAACUCAUUGCCCAUUAUGAAGACCGGAUCGAAGAACUGAGGAAGAUCAUCAGUAGAGCCCCACCGACAGCUUCAGCUGAAGAGGUGAAAAAGAUCAUGAACGGGGUCUUCCACUCCCUUCGUGGCCAAUUCGAGUUGGAGGAGUCCUACACCGGAAGGGUUGUUCUCGGCGUGGUCAUGAGCACCAUCAAGGCAAUAACUCUGCAGCUGCUGGAAAGGCCUGAAGAACACAACCACGAAGAGCAGGGACCACGGCAGAGAGGGAGCCCAGUGGCCCUCGCCCGAGAUCAGCCAGGCAGUCCUGAUGAGACGACGCCGACGGCGGCAUCUCCUGUACCUUCAGACCACCCAGAAGAAGACCCAAACGGUUCUACUCUCUCUUCGGAAGGAAGUCAAAGCAAGCAGGAACAGGAAACCCAGCGCUCGGACGCGCCCGCUGAGUUGACCCCGGCAUCCUCGAAUCCCGUCACACAGUCUCCAGAGGUGGAGGAUAAGGAGCAGGCUGUGUCUUCUGAACCAACAGAAGCUCCAGCUUUGGAUAUUGGCGGUGCUGUUGAGGACACGCCUGCAGAUCCUGUCCCCUUGAAGCCAGCCAUUGAAGAAGCUGUGCCUACACUGGACCCAGAAAGAGAAGAGGACACUUGCCCAGAUGUUCCUAACCAAGAUCCAACCGCCUUGAGCCUUCCAUCCGGUACCACAGAUGAGAAAAUCCAAGCUGGGGAGAUGCCACCACCGGCCUCCAUCCCUCCGAAUGAGGAUUCCAGCGCCCCUGAGAGUAAAGCCAAUUUGUUGAAAGCAACCAACUGUAAGCUGCCUUCAUCAGGAAGUCCAUUGGAAGAGGAAGAGGACGAUGAAGAACUGAGCUUUAAGGGACGGCCUCCCCCGACCCCGCUCUUCGGAGACGAUGAAGAUGACGAUGACCUGGACUGGCUGGGAUGAGCAACGGAUGAAAGCUUGGAAGGACGGAAAUGUUUUGCUUGGUUGUUUUGCACAGAGGGAGGGGGGCCCUCGGGAACUGGCCGGCACUUUGGGCCACCUCCGCAAGAUUCUGGGAUUGCCCCUGCGCACCUGGGUGGUGGGGCUUGAAUACCAGAGGUUUCUCUCUCUGCACUGAAGCACAAAAACAAGCCCUUUUCUGCAUUUGCCUCUGAAAUCCAGGCCCCUACUACUACUACUUUUUUUUUGCAAGUGAGAAAGUCUUCACGGAGGGAUAAGAGGAGCCGAGAUGGUCUUCGUGCAGCUCCAGGUUCUUUCUGGGAUGCACACAUGAGGAUCCCAAGGAGUGAUUUUAUUUGCCUUCCUGUCCAUCCCAUCUCCCCAUCGGUGCUUUUGAGGAUUCCCUGCCCGUUAACCUGCCUACACGAGGGUUUUAAAUGGCUAGCCAGGAGCCUCUUUUCCCACAAGACCAGGGAAAGAAAAAGAAAGAAAGAAAGAAAGAAAGAAAGAAAGAAAGAAAGAAAGAAAGAAAGAAAGAAAGAAAGAAAGAAAGAAAGAAAGAAAGAAAGAAAGAAAGAAAGAAAGAAAGAAAGGAAGAGAGAGAGAGAGAAAGAGGAGAGAGAGAGAGAGAUGAUUGACAUGAGAAAGAGGGGAGAUGAUUGAUAGAGAGAGAGAGAAGAGAGGAGAGAGAGGAGAUGAUUGAUAAAGAGAAAGAUAGAUAUGAUUGAUAGAUGAGAGAGAUGAGAGAGAGAGACGAGAUGAUUGAUAGGAGAGAGAGAGGAUUGAUAGGAGAGAGAGAGAGGAGAGAGAGAGAGGAGAUGAUUGAUAGGAGAGAGAGAGGAGAUGAUUGAUAGGAGAGAGAGAGGAGAUGAUUGAUAGAGAGAGAGAGAAGAGAGGAGAGAGAGGAGAUGAUUGAUAAAGAGAAAGAUAGAUAUGAUUGAUAGAUGAGAGAGAUGAGAGAGAGACGAGAUGAUUGAUAGGAGAGAGAGGAGAUGAUUGAUAGGAGAGAGAGAGAGGAGAGAGAGAGAGGAGAUGAUUGAUAGGAGAGAGAGAGGAGAUGAUUGAUAGGAGAGAGAGAGAGGAGAUGAUUGAUAGGAGAGAGAGAGAGAGAGAGAGAGAGA